AUGGCGGACACAAACCCCACGCCGCCCGAGGCGGCCCCGAAAGCACCGGCUCCCACCACAUCAACAACGACGACGACGACAACGACAACCACCACUACCACAACGACAGCCGCCUCCGCCGCAGACGGCUACAAAGCCGCGAAACCGAACCCAGUCUGGCAAAUGAUGGGCCUCCGCGGGCCCCCCAAACGCCUCCCCUCGCGCAACUGGCUCAUCUUCCUCUCCCUGACCGCCGCCUUCUCCGCGGCCGUAAUCUACGACAAGCGUGAAAAGAAGCGCGCCACAGCCCGCUGGGCCGCCGCCGUCGCGCCCCUCGCCCACGAGCCCGUCACAGACCCCUCCCAGCUGCCCCGCAAGCUCACCGUCAUCCUCUCCGCUCCCCCCGGCGACGGCCUGCGCGUCGCACAGGACCACUUCAUCGAGUACGUGAAGCCCAUCCUCGCCGCCUCCGGGCUCGACUGGGAGUUUGUCCAGGGCCGGCAGCAAGGGGACGUCCGCGCCGCCGUGGCCGAGAAGAUUCGCCGCCGCAGGAGCCGCGAGGAGAGGCCCGAGGUCGAGCUGCUGCCCACCGAGGAAAACAUCCGCGACGCCGUGCGCGCCAAGAACGGCACGCCCGAGUUCGAGGGGCCCGGCGGCGACAUCGUCAUUGGGAGACACACGUGGAAGGAGUACGUCCGCGGCCUACACGAGGGCUGGCUCGGCCCCCUCGACCCUCCUCCCAAGCCCGAGGCGGUGGUCCCUACCCCUGAGCCUGCGGCGGAGGCUACCUCCGAAACGGCCACGACUUCAACAGCAACAACGGAGGGCGGCAGUGAAGAGGAGAAGAAGAAGGAGGAGGAAAAGAAAUCAGACCGCCCCCGCCAACCCGUCCCGCACAACACCACCACCGACUACCAAGCCUCCUACCUGCCCUCCUCAAUCCCCUCCGAAUUCUCCCCCUCGGAACCGGUCCAGUUCCCCCACCUCCUAGGCUUCGCAGGAACCUUCACCCGCCUAGGCCGCUUCUUCAACCGUCGCCAGCUAGCAGACGACGUCGGCCGCCAAGUCGCAGCCGCCUGCUUCGCCGCCUCCCGCGAGUACCGCGACGCCGACGCCGACGCCGACGCCGCAGACCAGGACGUCCCCGCACCGCCGUACGAGCAACAGCGCGCCCUGGCGCAUGAGGAACGCGACUGGGUCAAAUCAGUCUGGAAGCCCGUCGAUGAAGCGGCGGCCGACGAGGAGGAAAAGACCAAGGAGCGCAUCUGGGCUUCUCCGGUCGUCGUGGACGCGCGCAUCGCGCAGCGCAUGCGGCGGUUUGAGAUCCGCGCCGAGGAUGAGGAGCGCGCGAGGCAGAUUGUCGUACCCGAGACCGAGAUUGAAGGCUGGAUCAAGGGGACGCUGCGGUCGUUGGGCCGGUGGGGGUGGGCUGCUGUGAAGGGAGACGAGCGCAAGGGGCCCAAUGUUGGGAAUAUUGACGACGAGUGA